AUCUCAUAAAAUAUUUCGUUUAAACAUCAAAGUCAAGCACACAAACAAAUAGAGAAUAAACGCGGGCUAGCAGUAGCAGCAGCAACAGCCGUAGUAUUGCCGUCGUAACGUCAGCAGCAACCAACAACAACAUCAGCAGCAAAAAUUGAAGCCUUGAUUUUGCCGUAAGAGCCUUCAACUUCGCCUUCGUCGUCGUUGUCGUUGUACCCGACGCGCCCUCACCCUUGCCCACCGCUUUGGUUGUACCUUCGCCUUUGCCUUCGUUUUCGUUUGCGUUUUCGCCCCCGAUGAUAAACCCAAAACAACCAAACCCAAGAGUAACAAAUUAAAUUUGGUUUUAGCCAAUAGCAGCAGCAACAACAACAACAACUACAGCACAGCAACAACAAUCAUCAUCAUAAGAAAGAAGUAAAAAGUCACUGAGUGGAGACAGAGUGUGCGAACGAGCAAGCGAGAAAGAGAGUGAGUGAGUGUGUGCGAGCUAAAGUGCGAGACAGAGAAAGAUACAGAGAAAGACAAUCAUCAGCGUUGUCGUCGCCGUCGUUGCCGUCGCCGUCGUCGUCGUUCCGUUUUGUGGUUUAGCAGCAGCGUCAAAGUCAGCACAAAUAUGUCUAGCGAUUCAAGUCGACGCAUUCAGGUGCCAGACGAACUGAAGGAGGUGCUACUGCAGUUCUCCAUAGCAUAUCUGGUCGAACAGCCGGUGGAUCUGAUUGACUUUGCCGCCGAAUACUUUAACAAACUGCAGGCACAUCGCCCCAACACAACAACAAGCGACUUAAACGAUGAUAAUCAGAGCAUCAACUCACAGGAAGGCGACGCGGAACCACCAAUAGUACAAAGCUCACGUCGCAAAUCAGUUUUCGCAGAAGCGUACGAUCCGGAGGCGGACGAUGAUGAUGAGGGCGCCACCGCCGUAUUCCCCAAGACAGAUGAACAGCGGGCACGUCUCAUCGAGUCUGUGAAGAAUGUGCUGCUCUUCCGUUCGCUAGAAAAGGAACAGAUGAACCAAGUGCUGGAUGCGAUGUUUGAACGCAAGGUGCAGCCGGGCGAUUUCAUCAUACGCCAGGGCGAUGAUGGCGAUAACUUUUAUGUUAUUGAAUCUGGCGUCUACAAAGUCUACAUUAAUGACAAACACAUUAGCACCUACAAUCAUACCGGAUUAUUUGGUGAAUUAGCGCUGCUUUACAAUAUGCCCAGAGCGGCCACCGUGCAGGCAGAAACAAAUGGCCUCCUCUGGGCCAUGGAUCGUCAGACAUUCCGACGUAUCUUGCUCAAGUCGGCAUUCAAGAAGCGAAAAAUGUACGAGGAGCUGCUGAACAGCGUGCCGAUGCUAAAGGCGCUGCAGAACUACGAACGCAUGAAUCUGGCCGAUGCUUUGGUUUCCAAGACCUACGAGAAUGGUGAUCGUAUCAUUAAGCAGGGCGACGCCGCCGAUGGCAUGUACUUUAUUGAGGAGGGCACCGUGUCGGUGCGCAUGGAUCAGGACGAUUCGGAAAUUGAGAUUUCCAAGCUGGGCAAGGGCCAAUACUUUGGCGAACUGGCGCUGGUGACACAUCGGCCACGUGCCGCAUCCGUUUACGCUACGGGCGGCGUUGUUAAGCUCGCAUUCCUCGAUGUGAGAGCAUUUGAGCGUCUGCUUGGACCCUGCAUGGACAUUAUGAAGCGCAACAUUGACGAUUAUGAAUCGCAGCUGGUGAAGAUAUUUGGCAGCAAAAAUAAUAUCACCGAUACACGAUAAAAAGUCUGAACAACAACCACAACAACAACAACAACAGCAGCAGCAGCAGCUACAACAACAACAACCACUACCAGGCUAAUGGGUUAUUAGGACUCUACACAUUUAAACGAAGGCAGCAAAAAACAACAACAGAAAUAUAACAGAAAACAGAAAUAAAAACAACAUCAACAAAAAGCACAGCAAAUACCAAUGCAAGCGCAAGCCAAACACAAACACACACACACACACAAGCACACACGAAUUCUUGAUUCUUGAUAUGUUUUAAGCUGAGGCUGGAUAAUGAAAUUCAAAAACAAUGAUAACGAUAAUAUGAUAAAACGAUAAUGAUAAUGAAAAGUUGAUGCUACACAUAAAGAAAAAACAACAACAACAAAAAAACAAAGAAAAAACAAAACUAAAGAAAAAAGAAAAGAAAUAUUGUAUUGUAUGUAUUAGCAAUUGUAAUUUAAUGUAUUUAAUUGAAACAAAAUGAGAAAAACUCACAAGAGAAAACCAAUUGGGCGAAUCAAGAAAGAAGAAAUUAAAGAAAUGUAAUUUUUUUCGUGUGUCAUUCGCUCAAAUGAAAUGUUAAGUGCAUAGUUAAUAGUCUUGUUUUUUCAUACUUUUAUUAUGAUUAUUAUUAAUAUAUUAUAAUACUAAUUUGUUAUCAAUUGAUUUACGCAUAAUUUAGCACAAUAUAGAAGCAAAAACUAUACGAAAAAUAAAAAGUAAAACUCGUUUGGCUUAAUGAAAUAAGUUUAAUAAUCGAAACAACAACAAGAAGAACAAGAAACCACGUUUAUUGUUUAAAUAAAUAUAAUAAAAGAAAGAUAUCAAAUAGUCGCAAAUGAACACACAUCAAGCAAAGAGUUUAUAUCUACAAAUGCAAAACAACCAAUACAAAUACUUAUAUAAAGUAACAAACUACACAUAUGCAUAAAACAAAUCUAAUUUAUUUAUAAAAUAAAGUAAAAAACCAAUCAUUGUACUAGUCUAUAUGUAAAAUUGCUGCUUGCAGUGUUUACGAAAAAAACAAAACAAAAACAAAAGUAAAAAAAAGCAUAAAAAAGAAAGAAACAUAAAAAAGCUGAUGAAAUGUUUCAGCUAAUACAUUAAUUCAAAAUAAAUACUUUGAAAUUGUUUAAUGAAAAAUUAUAUAUAUGAGACACGCUAAUGAAAUGUUAUGGCCCCUUUACCCGUCAAAUAUUAAGAGAUACUUUUCGUUUUUGGGUUUCCAGCGAGCCAAAAACUAGCUCUUUCAACAUUUUCCACAGAUCUAUUUAACAAACAUACAAUUCUCCACCUUCCAAGAAUUUUUAAGCUCACCCAGCACAAAAUGAUCGAUCUCAAUAUACGCGAAAUUUUAUUAUUAAUAACAUUUUAUUCAAAUCAUUUUUUUUUUUUGAAAAAAGUUUCAAUUUCCAUUUCAAUUGGCUCUACAAAAGAGAAGGCUAAAGGCACAAUCAAUAUAUAUGUUGCAUGGGAUCAACUUAGAAAAUCUUUGAAUAUGAAUAUGAAAUAUCUAGCAUACAUAUAAUCAGAUCUGCUCAGUUAUUAUAUGGUAUUUGGUAUUAUGGUUUAUAAAUGAUAGGACUCAAUAUAGCGAGUCCUUCUCUAUAGUAGUUAGAGAGCAAAAGCAAAAGCAAUAUCAAAGGCCUAGAUGUGUACUUAGUAGAGUUUUGUUUGCAAUUUCAAGAACUAACAUACAACAAAUAGAUACUAUUUAUGCGUUUUACCUAAACUGAACCUAUCCCUACCCUCUCCCAUCCCCGCACUCCUCUACCCAUUGUACUCUAUACUCUAGCACAUAAAUACAUAUUACAUAGAGAAAGGGAGAGAGAAGCAUGUAAAUGUAUCUGUAUUUAUAUACUUAUAACUGAAAUGAGCUUAAAUAUGGUAAACCCAAACUCCAGUACUUUAUAAACGUUACUUUAUUGUUUGUAAAAUGCGUAACUAAAACAAAUUUUAGACACUUAAUCAAGAACAUAAUAUUACAACAACAAAUAAUAAGAAAUAAUAAUACAAAACAAAAACAUAUACUUUCGAGUAUAUAGCUAUGUAAAAGCAUAAAAACAAUUUAACUGGCAUACCAACAGUCGACAGGUGUUCACAAAACUACUUAUAAUAAUAAUAAUAAUAAUAAUAAUAAUGAAAACAUUUACAUAUAUCAUAAUUUAAUAAAAAAACAAACUUGUUACAGAAACAAAACAAAACAAAAACGAAAGGAAAGGAAACAAAAUAAAAGAAAAGAGAAAUUAGUAAAAUAUGAAAUCAAGCAAAAUAUGAUUAAUCCUAAAACUAUAACUAAUUGGUGUCUAGUCUAUGUUCAAGACUUUAAAAGCAACAAAAUUCUUGAAAACAAAAACCAGGCGUACAUUAACAAAAAAAAGUAUCAAGCAAAACAUAAAAUAAAUACGAUAGAAAUUAUGAAGCGAAACUAAUUAUAUAAGAAAGCUGAAAGUGCUGGCCAUUUUCUUCCAACAAAACAACACAACACGCAUACACACACGCACACACCAACAGCUACACAUACACGAUCGCACACUUAAACACACAAAAACACAAACACUGACUAAACCUAAAUCCAACAACAAGCAAAGCUCAAUGAAAACGUUGAAAAAUAAGCAAAACAUGAAACAUUUUGAAAUAAAAACGCGCUAUAAAUAACAAUUGAAACUAUUUGUAUUUUAACUGUUGUGUUGUAAUUUAUGCAUAAAGCAUAUUUAAUUAUGUAUGUGUAACAAAACAAAAGAAAACAAAAAAAAAAAAACAAAGCAAAAAACA